UCACCCAGUUGGAGCGCUGAGCGCUGCCAGACCCAGUGAGGAACUAGUUGGUGGAGCGCAGAGAGCAGCACUUCAUUAUAUCCAAAGCACCAUCUGGGGGAAAUAUUCACCUGUGCACCGCCGGGACGAUUUCGAAAGGAUUUUCAUUAAUUUUAACGAACUCCGUCUUAAAGGCGCAGUAAAGGACACUUGAGACGAGAAUCUUUGUCGGACCCCUGGUUUGUCCUGUAGACCGAUAACUUUUGCCGGGAUAGAGUCUUGUCCUAGACGGGAAUUGUUUUUAUUCCCUCAUAAAAACGUCGCUUCGACUUUACAUUUAGGGAGAGACUGUGCGUGCCCGGUUUAAUAAAGAGGACCAUAAUCACCAUGGCGAGACAUGACGCUCGAAAUUGGCAUGACUGCACAAAAAUGAUCGGACUGCUCAGCUUGGUCACGUCGGUUAUUAUGCACGGAGCAGCAGGGCAGCGGGUGAAGGUGGAACCAGAGGUCUUGUCCUAUCCCGGCCAGUCCGUCAACCUACGCUGUGCCUUCACUGACGCCACCGGCAUUCAGCUCACAAUGGUGACAUGGAUCUAUGAGCCAAAGGAGGGCGACAGGAUCAACAUAGCCGUGUUCCACCCCAACUUUCAGCCCAACUACCCCGACUCACCCGUAAAGGGCAGGGUCAGCUUCACCACCAGCCCCCCCAACCUGGCCAGCCCGUCCAUCCAGAUCACGGACGUCAAGAUGACUGAUGAGGGGAAGUACAUCUGCGAGUACGCCACCUACCCCAGUGGCAACGAACAGGGCAUCACCUUUCUGGUCAUGUUAGCUAAGCCCCGCAACUCGGCCUCCAUAGUGACAGUGGUCGCGGGCACCAAGCCGGCCGUCGUCGCACGCUGCGAGUCUGCGGAUGGACGCCCUGCCGCCCAGAUCUCCUGGGUCACCACGGCCAACGGCAACGCGACCACCGGGUCCAAGCUGGCCGGCGACAACACAGUGACGGUGACCAGCGAGUACCGCAUGGUUCCCACGGCGGCGGACAACGGCAAAGACAUCAGCUGCGUGGUUACGCACCGGACCCAGACCAAAGCGGAGAGUUUCAAGCUGAAACUGGCCGUGGAGUAUCCCCCUCAGGUGACAAUAGUAGGCUAUGACAAUAACUGGUAUGUGGGUCGCACAAAUGUGGUGCUCACCUGCGAGGCCACUGCCAACCCCAUGCCUCUCCACGUCACCUGGAAGACUCUGACAGGAGAGAUGCCAGAGACGGUGGUGAUCAACCAGAAGACGCUGACGGUGCUGAAGGUGGACGAGAGCGUCAACAACACUUUUGUCUGUGAGGUCAAGAACCGCCUGGGUGUCGGCAAGGACCAGGUCACUGCCAUGGUCAGAGAGCCCUCAGUGAACUCAUCCAAUGCCGGUGUGGUGGCGGGGGCUGUGAUUGGCUCCCUGCUGGCCCUCCUCUUGGUCGCCGCUCUCAUCGCUGUCCUUGUCACCCGUAAUCGCAGGCAGCAGCAGGGCUACCGUGCCAAUGGUGGCAAGGACAUGAAGUCACGCAUAUUUGGCGGUGGCAAGAAGGCCAGCAAGAACGGCACAGGCGGCGGCGCGGGCAGCGGGGGCAUCGGAGGCGGUAACAACAACGGCCCCAUCUACGUGUACAGUGAGAAUUCGGCUCACCAGGGCCUCGCGGAGAAGAACAACCACCACCAGCCGCUCACCAUGGGGGGCCGGCCCGAGGUCGUGGCCACCACACCCACAGCCCAAGACAUCCUGCUGAGCAAUGAAUUGGACGAAGCGGAGAGGAGGAAGUUUGACGAGCUGGAGGAAGAGGAGGAGAGGUAUGACCACUUCGCUGGAGGGGCCCCCAUCCUCCAGCUCCGCCCACCCCACGACCAGGACGAUAUGAUCGGCGGUUACCUGGACGACGACAUGGAAUCCCAGCGGGAUGGCUCCGUCAUCUCACGGACUGCUGUUUAUGUAUAGAGGAGGAGAGGAGCGGAAGAAGAGGAGGAGAAGAGGAGGGAUGUGGAGAAGAGAUGAGGGUUCCCCCCCCCAUGGAUUUUGUGGUUUCAGGGACUCGUCCCUGUGUGAUGGAAGAGAAAAGAAUACCGCUUUUAUUUUUGAAAAUAGAUUUUAAAUGUAUUAAUAACCACAGUGCAGCCCCAGAAUUGACUGAAUAAACUGGAGUCAGUUGAGGGGGUGGAGGGAUGUUCCCAAAAGGAGGUUGGAGGGGAGCGUUGUUGGUUUCUGGUCCCUGAGGACAGAAAAUAAAACUUGGAUCACUUGGUGUACACCGAGCGAAAGAGAGAAAAGAAUUCUUUACGAACAGCUUGGCUCCCUCUGCUUUUGCUCAUGCUAUCACUAUCACUGGGACCUUGACAAGGACUCUGACAGACACACCAAAAGAGGGAAACUAUGUAGUGAGAGAGCGGGAUAAUGGCAUCUUGAUACAAGCUCAGCUAUAGAGGAGGCAUCUCACUCGUACAUUCACUCUUAUCUUCACCAAAACACAGUCGGAGUGGAAGGGGUUGUCGAGCAGUCGCGUGUUGCCUGCAGUUCUCAGUCCUCCUGUGGGACACCUUUUGUUUUUGGUAAAGCAUUGUGCUGUGACAGCUAGUGGGUAGUUAGUAGCUUGUGACAGGGAGGGAUGAAAAGAUUUGAGGGCAAAGACAGGAGCCAUCAUGCGGUUUAAAGGAGAGCACCUCGUAUUUGUUGUAGCAGGUCCACCGUCUGUGGUUCUUCCUCUGUGGCUCUCUUUUUAUGCUCUCUCUCUCUCUCCCACACCCUUCCUCUCAUAAACAACAAAAAUCUCUCCCCUCUUAUGUUGCAGUUCCUCAGACUAUCGACUAAUAGCACAGCGCCCACUCUUGAAUUUGUAACAAGUCAAAACAUUAAGUCCGGGUGUGUGCUACCGACAUAAAACAAGAAUCUAACAAAGUUUAGUUUGAGUUUGAUCUAAGUUCUUAACAAGGUAUUCCACAUGCAAACUAUUCUACAGUGCCUGGAGGUAGGAGAGCCGGUAAACAAGAGAUGAGGAAGUGAGGUGUAGUGGAUCUGACAGGGUCAAGGGAUAGAGAGCGAGAUGGAGGAGGCAGGAGAAGUAGAAAGGAGCACGUCUCUACUUUGCUCUUCCUCCUCAUCCCCCUCUCCUCAGAGCACUCCUGACAGGAGGAGUUUGAUUGGUAAUGAGCCGUGAAGUCGCCCGCUUAGCCGGGACCAACAGAUUGCCACCACUUAUCGUUUAUGACGUGGCGAUUCCUCCCCCCUACCCGUUUCUCUUCCUUUCUCCCUCUCCCCGCAUCCCUCUCUCCUAGUGUUUAUGGGGAGUUUAUGAUUUAUCCAGGGCAGUGUGGAGGUCAGGGCUACGCAGAGCACAGAAGUAUUUUACUGCUCCUGAUGUGUCAAACGCCCCACUUACUCUAUUCCAUCCUAGCCUGUCCUGCCAUGCCAGGCCUGACUAAUCCACCCAGAGUGGCCAUGCGCACUCCACUGCACACAUACAUUCAUCUGAGUAUUUUCACUCGAUUACUGCUGCCUCCUCCCAUACUUAAGUAAAUGGCCCCAUGUAACAGUACCCCGCAUCCAUCGAAUGACCAUGUUAGCUUAAAUAAAAAUUCAAUGGGAUAAUGUCAUAUUUCCUUCCAUUAGCAGAUGGUGUUAAAUGUAGUGAAUUGAUUGGGGCACAUUAAAGGUUGUGACCACAGGGGAGCUCUGGGAGUCAUAUUGACUAACGGGCAACAAGCAGUGGAACGGCCCUUUAUGAUACAGCUGCCGGGCUGAUUGUGUACUGACUGUUUAUUUAUCUUCCUAACGAGCCACCGGAGGCCGGCUGAGGCAAAUAUUACUCCAUGGCGACUGUACACUGCUCUCUCACCUGAGGCUGUGUGCACGCAGCUGGGUGUGUGUGUGUAUGUGUGUGUGUUUGCAUGUGUUUCACUGGAUGUAACAAGCCACCGCAGGGCUGUGACCAACAUCAUUCUCGGAGAGGAGCCUUAGCUCCUCUAAUCACAUCCUCACUGGCCUUCUGAUCGACUCACCUUUGACCCAGCGGGACGCUUGGUGAGCGCGGCUCCUUAUUGGCUGUCCUGACCCUGCCUCUGGCUUGUGACCGAGCCCCGGCCCCAGAUCUGGGGCGCAGUCCACCACAGGUCUUGAGGUCAAAUGUGUGGCGUCCCAUGGCCAAGGGCAACAGUGGCGAUGCUUGCCCACACCUCUUGUCAUGGCAGUUUAACCCUGAGCUAUGGAUGUGAGAAAAACACACACACACACACACACACACACAGGGCCUGCUAAGUGUCCAUAUAGGCAGAUAGUUGUUUGCCAUGUGACGGCUGUUAACCUUGGGAGAGAUGGAGUGAGAACAGAUGAGACAGAGGGGGAAGAUGAGGACAUAUGACACAGCAUUCAAACCAUUACUGUUUGAUCUCAGUAGGCUUUUAGUCUAAUGGCCUUAGCUUAUACAUAUUUACAACCCCUGAAUAGAUUUUCUGAGUCCAGCCGAUUUGUCACAACCACUGAAAAAUGUAUUACUUAUUUUUGCACUUGUUUGUAUCACCGCAACACAGAGUAAUAUGGGAGAGCUAUCUGAUGUGGGGGAAAGAAGAAAAAAAAAAAAAAAAAACAAGAACAGCAAGGUUGUAACUAUGUACAUUUUGGUGUGAGGUAUCUGUAUACUAUAUAUGUAAGCAUCUUUAUUUUUCUUGUGAAAAUGUGGAUAUUUAUCAAAAUGUAAAUAUCAGAUCAAUGGAGCCGCUGUGUUGUGGAGCUAGAGAGAAAUACAUCCUGGGUUUGGCUGUAGCUCAAAAUACAAACGUCUCGGAGGGCGCUCAGAAUGUAAUUUAUAAUCUAAUGAAUACCUCGAUGGUUUGGGUGUUAUUAGAUGCUGAAAUUAUUUUAGUUUACUUAAAACCCAAGAAUUUAUUUGUUUUGAGAAUAGAUCUAUUUUCAAGUGGGUGAAAUCAAUGACUUAUGGCUACAAAUUUCAUUUGAGCAGUGACUGCAUUUCCACACAAAAAGCACACUGUUUUAUUUUUUUUUUUUUUUUGCACACUUGGUUUCUCCCACUUCCUAACACUCAACACACAAUGGAAAGACAAUACACACAGUACAUAUAAUUUAUGAGGCAGACUGUAACCCACAGAAGCAGCAGUCUGUUGCAUCUGACUCAGCUCGGGUUGUGCGUGUUCAGAGUUGUGUGUCGGUGUGUUUUCCUGAUGCUCCGGGGGCUUUGGGACAUCUCUCUCUGCCAUUGGGGCUGUAACCUGAGUGGCCACCCUUUGUCACCAUGGAGAAAUGGUGGAGGGGAGACAUUAGUGUGCACCGCAUAGACACAUGCAUGCGCGCACACGCACACACACAUAAACACAGAGUGCUGAGAAACGUUCGCCCACGCACAAACACCCCUCAGUCACUCUCAUUAUGCUCACUCCCACAGCCAAACUGUGCAGAAGACACCUCAUACCUGAGAACUCUGCCACCUCCUGACAUAAGCCCACACAAACGUAUACUCGCAUAGCUACACACACACACACACAAACACACGCGCACACAAAACUAUUUUCCCUCCUCUCCCUGCUCAGUGGCUUUGUCAGGACAUGUACCGUGUCCUGUUACUGUGGAAAGAGCUGCAGCACGAUGUGUCCCCCCGCUUCACUGCUUUCUGUUCCUAAAAAAAAAAAAGUCCAACCUAGUCCCGAAUCAACCACCAUGUAGAACAGAGACAACUACACAUUGGGGGCGACACGCACACACACACACAUGCGCAUGCACUCAGACACCCACCUUUCACCCAAUGUCAGAGAAACAGGCUUUUUAGGAAACUGUUUUGUCCGUUCCGCUUUUUAUUCUGCAAAGGGAAUAUAGCUUUCAGAAAAUGCCAUGGUGCUGACCUCCCCUCCCCUCCCGGCUUCCCUCAAAUGCUUUUAGAGACUCACAACUUCCUACUCAUCUCCCAAAUGUUGUUUUCAACUUCUCUCACUUCAGUCUACCCCGAACAACCCCGCCCCUCUCUCCCCUCGCCGUGCACCAAGUAAGGCUUGCCUGACAAAAUGGGUUUAAAGAAUUCAAGAUCCCUGCCCGGGUCUCGCACAAGGUUAGACAGUCAAAACAAAUACUGUUUCCUGACUCGAGAAAGCCACAUGCUGUUGCUAUUUCUCUCGCUCCCAAACUUCUGAUGACUAAUCAAAGCCUUAACAUCUCCCAUCUCACUCAAAGAAGAAGAAAAAAAAAAAGAGAAAAACCUCUUCCCGUGUACAUAGUAUAAAUAUAUAAAUAUG